AUGGUGACUCCUAUGCAUCGGCUUAUAGCUCGGUGGCAAGCUGAAGUCAAUAAGCAACACGUAAGAUGUCAGAAAUGCUUGGAAUUUGGACAUUGGACUUAUGAAUGCAAAGGGAAGAGAAAGUACCUACACAGGCCUUCGAGAACAGCAGAGCUGAAGAAAGCUUUAAAAGAAAAAGAAAACAGAUUAUUGCAGCAAAGCAUGGGAGAGACCAACAUGGAGAGAAAGACCAAGAAGAAGAGGAGGCCUAAGAGUGUCACGAGUUCCAGUACCUCUAGCAGUGACAGUUCAGCCAGUGAGUCUUCAUCAGAGAGCGAGACAUCUGCCUCAUUCUCUUCAGAGGACAGUGACUCAGAUGGAAGCCUUUCUAGCUCCUCCUCCUCAGCCUAUCCCUCCUCCUCCUCGGACUCAGACUCCAGCUUCUACAGCAGCAGCAGCAGCAGCAGCAGCAGCAGCAGCAGCAGCAGCAGCAGCAGCAGCAGCAGCAGCAGCAGCAGCAGCAGCAGUUCCGAGAGCAGCUCUGACGACGAGCCACCAAAGAAGAGGAAAAAGAAAUAGAGCUCUCUCUACUCUGGACCAAUGGAUGGAAAGCAUUUGUGACUCCCAGGGGAACU